GCUGCCAGCUGCUGACAACAACGCAGAUCCACACACACACACACACAGCGACACGCUGACACACUCACGCACACGCACACACAGCGAGAGGAGUGGAUAGACACGCAGGACCAGAAAAAGUUGCCACAUUCGAAGCAACAGACGCCAUGCCUCAGUACUCGGACUUGGAGGGCGCCAUCAACACGCUGGUCACCCAGUUCCACUCUGCCUCGGCCGACAACGGCCCCACGCUAAAGAUGGACGAGUUUAAAGGGCUCCUGUCCUCUCAGCUGCCCAACCUGGCCAAGGGCUUCAUGACAGAACAAGGCCUGGGCGAGAUUAUGCGGAAGAUGGGCGUGGGUGACGGCGAGGGCAUCUCCUUCUCCCACUUCUGGAACUUAAUCCAGAGUCUAGCCACCUCGCAGCACAGCCUCCUCGGCGGCAACAAGGGCACCUCGUGCAGCUGCGCCCUCCUGUGAAGACCCUCCACAAACAACCAAUAAAAACAGCUCCGAGGUUCCCCAACCCCCUCACCCCACCGCCCCUGGAAAUGUAGAACCCACCACCAUCAUCAUCAUCAGAUGUUGGGCAGAAUACAAAAAAAAAAAAAAAGAUGGCCCAAGUGCAAGGCAUUCCAUUUUUUUUAUACGCAAAUCAUCUCUAUAUGACAGGUUUUAACAUUUCCAUCAUACUUGUGUAAUAAAAUAAAGAUUCAACGCAG